AUGGGGGACACGGAUACUGUGGCGGGCCUUCGCGGCCUAUACCAGGAUCUGUCGGCCCUUUCUGAUUCUUCCUUUGUCAACAUUGAGCGUCUUCGGGUGGAGUUGGAGUCUCACAUCGAAGAUUUUAGGAAGCUCCUAGACAAACCCACGAAGAACAACGCCAGUCGCCAGGCGGUUCUUUCAGGCAAGAUCACCCUAGGCGAUGUCGAAUAUUCAGUCAACGAAGAAUUUCAACAAGGAGCGUUACAACUGGCGGAUGCGCUGAAUAUUGAUGAGCUUGAUGCAGCAGCUAUAUUCCUCGGCGCUCAGGAUGAUGCUCAGGUGCUGGACCGACCCCCUCUCAUCGCCGCGAUCAUGCGGUUCCACGAACGCCGGCACUUCUUGCUCGAAGCUUUGCGCCUCAUUUUCCAGGAGUCUUUCGAAGUUGAGCACGAAUUCGCGCAGGAUAUAAUGCAGGAGAUGGUAGCUUUCGUGGUUGAGAUCAAAGACGGUCCUUUGCGCAAUGCAUCGCUGUACGCGCGGAAAUGCAUGAAAUCGAUGGAAGAUAUUGAACAAUGGCUUUCCCUUCUCGCCGAACAGAUUCAGAAAGCGUCUAUCGUCGGUCAAUCGGAGGAUACCGAUGUCAUGGAGGCUAUCGAGUACCAGCGUAUCAGCCUCCUGCAACAACACGAGUCGUUGGGCGCUAUUCUCUGCUAUAUGUUCAAGGGUCCUUACACCAGCUCGGAAGACCUUCGCAUUCUUCUCAAUCGCCUUAGGAAAUUAGACCGGUUUGAUGGCCUGCUUGUGCACUACAUUCCCUCGAUUAUUGCCGCCUUCGUUCAGCACGGUUCUCCCGAAAGUCCCAGCUCGUACAAAGAGGCGCGGAGCUUGAACACAGCGGUCACCUCCACAAAAGACGGUCAGACGUGGAUGCUCCCAACCUUUCACUCAGCUGUCGUUGCCCUCUGGCUGGCAGUUUAUAGCGGAUGGGAUUUUGAUGGACCUUCUUCGCCUAUACCGGGGGUUGAUCUUGAGAAGGAAGCGGAGGAGCGCACCAAGAUGUUCAUGACCGCGCUGGAUGACGGGGGCUUGGAUUUUAUGCUGGCCAUCUGCUAUGGUGUCAAUAAUGAAGAAUGGGCGGAUCCCGCGCGCAGCGAAUUGGUGGCUCUGUUGUUGAAAGAGAGCUCAUCCGCCAUGCUCGAGUCUGAUGCGUGUGCUGGCUACCUCAAGGCCUUGCUCAUGGAAUAUUUCGAGGUUUUCGCAGAAUCGUGCAUCGCCAACAUGCCAGAUGCAGUUCGGUUGUUGAAAUCGGAAGAGGACUCGCAACGGCUGGAUCAAAUAACCGCCCUUAGGGAUGGAUUAACUUCUAGCCUUCAUCGUGGGAUUAUCGAGGCUCGGACUCAUCUGGAAACCUUCUUGAUGGUAAUGGCAUUUGCCUUUGAACAGCGUCCGGAUGCUGCACAGGAAUUCUGGGCAGACCCCGAUGGAAACCUGUAUGGAUUCCUACAGUGGGCUUCAAAGAGGCAAACUGUUCCCCGAGUCAGUGCCUUUUGCGAGCUGCUAUGCUCCAUUGCGGGAGGAGAAGAAAACGCCAUCGCAGCGCACAAAUUCCUUUCUGAGGAGGAUAAGUAUCUCUCCGCUAAAUUCAAGAGGUCCACCUCCAUGAACUGGUCACAGAUGUUCGCGGAGCUCCAACUCUACGCAACCCGGGUUACCGAAAAACCCUCUGUUUCCAGCUCGCAGACGGUGUUACGUGCCAGGAAGUCGGAGCCCGCCGAUAUGAGUGAACCAGAGAGCCCGGUAAUGCUGACCUGCUACCUCCGAUUGCUCGGACAUCUGUGUAAGCAGAGCGGCGCCAUACGGGAUUGGAUGCUCCAACAUCCCUCGUUCAACAUCGUCUCUACCCUCUUAACUCUGUCUAACGGCCAAAUACCGACACACUUGAGGGCUACCGUGUUCUCUACCUUGGCAGCUCUGAUGACAGAAAGGUCUUCCCACAAUGGCAACGAAAUGUGGUUGUCGAUCGAUCAAUGGAUAUCUGGUGGCAACGUAGGCGCUUCCGGGCUGGGCAAGGUCCCUCUCGUCUCGAACCCGCUUGUAUGGCACGAGCAACAAGCAUUCCAGAAGAUCGGUGAGAGUUUCGACCAAUCGAAUGCCUUUGUGACUUUGAUAUAUUCGAUCACGGCACCAUCGCUUGAUGCAACUGAGUCCCAUGUCUUAUUGCCUUUCCCGGAAUCCCUGGGCUCUUCCUAUCGCAUGCCUGGUAUCGAGCCUUACAUUGACUUCAUUCUGGGCCACGCCCUGUCGAGGAGGAUCCCCGACCUUAACGAACGCCAGACUCGAUUGUUAACAUACAAUUGCUUGGACUUCGUGGUGACAUGUUUGAGGUCUUUCAACGAGAAUCUUGUGACCGUUCUCAGUCAGCCCUCAGUGCCAUCUGACUCCCCCGUCAAAACUUCGUCGCUGAUCAGCUAUGUCCGUCUCCAUCCGUUCGCACGAGUCGCGGAAUGGUUGUUCAACGAAGACGUUCUGAAGGCAUUGUUUGCAACUGCUCAACAAGACGUCAAUGAGGUCGCCCGAGCAUCAUCUGACUCCAUCUUGGUUCUUUCCUUGGUCAGAAGCCUCGAAGUAAUGGAUCUAAUGAUGGAUCUUCAGUCAACAUAUCUCAACAUUGUUCGCCCGUUGGUCAAGUCUCAGUCCGGUGGUACCAGGAUCAAUGUCGCAAAUUCUUCACUCUCCGCUUUUGAGGACAGCGUCUUGAAUAAUUUGACGAUCAUUCCAGCUUUGUGUCUCUACUGCAGCACUGGACACGAGCAGCUUACUAUCACCUCCAUGGCUUUGUUGGAAAAGCUGUCCAGCUCAACUAAACUCAACAAAAUCUCGUCCCCAGAGCUCAUAAAAUGGCGGUCGUCGAACAAGAUUGUCGAAGUGCUGAGCACCGAGGUAGACGUGGACAGUGUCUCACGCCCUCUGGUGUCUCAAAUGCAACCCGAACUACGAGAACUUGAGUCUGGUCCACAGGCUCCCGGCUACAUUAUCCGGGAGAGUCUCCUAGCACUUCUGAACAGCUGUCUUGGAAUACUCAAUGAUCGACCCACCGUGGCUCAUGUUCUCCUCGGUUUCAGGAGUGUUGGCAAUAUUCUCGACGUUCCAUCAGAGGGCUUGUUUGCGAAUUCGAUGUCCUUGUUGCAUGCUAUUAUUGGCUUCUUGCAAAGCUACCCAGACGAAGUGGAUGGUAAUGUCCUGCCGUGGAUGGUGCACCUCAAGCGUAUGGCGUUUGAAGUCUUGAAACAUCUAUGGUCUUCCAAGCUAUCUUCCUACUUUACGCUUGCUGAAAUGCGUUCGGCCCGUUUCCUGUCUACGAUCCUCGCUAGUCAGCCCAUAAUCGGACCGAAUACCCUGUGGGAUGCACUACCGAUCAUUGCUGAUGAAUUUUGGAUUUCCGAAUCGACGACCGCUCUAGCAGAGUUCUUGCUCUAUCGGAGCUACUUGUACGCAUAUGCAGCGACUGAAAUUCGCUCGGCCGCGAAGAUUGGUUCACCAACGCUUCAAGGAGAUAUCGUCUCGACCCUCUUUGGUAGCACAACAUUGGAGACUGGAGAUGCCGUGAUGACUCCUACUGUCUUUGACCUCUUUGACUUCGCGGAUCUGGACGUUCGGCAACAGUUCCAGCCACCCAAUCUGUCACUUCUUCACGGUAUCAAUGUUGAUCUUUGUGCCAAGCCUCAACCGGACGAUUCCCUCAUCCUGUAUAAUUUGGCCGAGGUGACAGAGCUCAUCCAAAUUAGAAAGCAGGAAUUACUUUCCGGCGGCCAGCUGCGGCCCCAGGACGAAGAGCAGCUUUUGGCGGAAGCCGAAAACCUCACUCUGUUCAUUCGGUCGACAAACCAAAUCAGGCAAAUCAACUAUAACCGCUACCUCGCCCUGCGCUCUUGGACUGAGCUCAUUACGACGAUGUUGACGUGCUCCGAAAUUGAGGGUGGUCGGAAGUCUACUUUUAUCCUGCACACCAUCCAACUGAUCCUUCCCAAACUUGAGGUCGCCAUUGAAGAAGACUUGCCAGAAGGGAUUGAGCUAGCUCGACUCGCAGAAACUCUAGUCUCCAAGCUGGAUGCCUCUGUAAUCACGUCAAGCCCCUCGCGCCGUGGUGGGGAUGUAAUCGAUGAGAAGCUCCAUCAACUGUUCCAGAUUUGCAUUCGGGGCAUUGUCCUGGCCACGGGAAAUGUUACUCUCCGGGAAACAUUCUACAACAUUUGCUCCCUUUAUAUUGCGCGCAUCAUCUCUUCAGAUGCUGCGCAUGAAGGGAUGAAGCACCAUAGUCAUCAGGUGGUGAAGACAUCUGGUCCCGCUCUCAUUGAGGCUAUCUGUGACGACGCAUACGCUGGACAAGAAACGUGUCGCGUGUCCGCCCUGUUGCUGCUUAACCUUUUUGCCGGUUUGGAUAAACAAUCAGACUCGACUUUGGCCGAAUUAAUAUCGCAGUCGAACUACUUGAGUCUUUUCCUGGACGCAAUUCGAACGUUGCCCAUCGAACUACGGAAUGCCCAAGCAAGCGAUACACCACUCCUUCUGUCAUACUAUGAGUCACUCCUAUCGCUGCUUCAACAACUGUGUCAAACAAAGAACGGGGCAAUCCACGUCCUCAAAACUGGCCUGUUCCAAGCGGUGCGGGACUCGCAGCUUUUUGCUGCUGAUCCUGACCUUGGUAUCGACAUCGACAACCCCGAUGCUCUUCGUAAAUACUAUGAUCUUCUAGGAUCUGUGCUACGAGUCAUUGUCUCUGCGGUGUUCUCACGUGGCCUGCACAAUGAGCAGAUGAUGGAACAAACACGCUCGUUCCUCGUGGAAAAUAGACAAAGCAUGGUCGGUAUAUUCAAACGGCUUGCCAAGAUCGGUGGAGCCGCUGCCGCAGCUCACCGUAACACUCUUGACGAUUUAGCCAAGUCGUAUAUGGCGCUCGUCGCUGGUACAGACUUUUUAGAGUAUGAGGAUGAAGAGGUGAAAGAGCGUAUGGGACCUAGAUUGUUCUCAUGA